AUGUUGACCUUCAUAAAGCAGGAGCUCUUCCUGCUGGGCCUGAUAAGCAUGUUGCUGACGGCUGUCCAAGGCAGCAUGCUGAAGAUCUGCAUUCCGGACGGCGUGGCAGCUUAUGGGCUCAACUGGAAACCUCAGAGCAAGGUGCCCGUGUUUAUAGACGAAUCCAUCGAGUACAGCACGAGUUACAUGGAGGACGAGGCGUCAAAGGACGGGCGCCGCCUGCUGGGGCUCCUCGGCCGCCACCUGCUGGGCGGGCCGCCCAAGGGUGACUACAACAAGUGUGGCAAAGGGCGACAGCCGCUCUUCAGCGCUUACAUGAUGCACCAGGUCCACCUGUUGAUCUUCCUAUUUGCUGUGGUGCACGUCCUGUAUGUCUUUGGGACCCUCAUGAUCUGCCUAGUGCAGAUCCGCCAAUGGCGCCGCUGGGAAGCGGAGGCGCCCGCCGCAGACGCCUUCCUCCGGAUGAGCGACAUCACGGCUCCCUCGCCGCGCGCGCCGCCGAGCCGCGCCGGCGGCGGGGCGCGCGCAGAGCGUGCGACCAGGCGAGCCCGCGCGAGCGCCAAGGCGCUCUGGGUGCGCGUUGGCUCCUCGGGCCUGGCGCAUGCCGGCCGCGUCGCACUGGCCGUGGUGACCUCGGACCUCGUUUUCAGCCCAGUGACGCGUGCGGUCUACUACAGCCUGCGGCUGCUAUUCAUCGCCCGCCUCAACUUGGACCAAUCCUUUGACUUUGCGGCGUUCGUUGAGAGGUCUAUCGAGGAGCACCUGCCCCACUUGAUGAAGCUGAACGCCGCGAUGAUGUGCCUCGCGGCCGCCCUGUUGUCGUUCCCGUUCCCAGCCUACCUGCCGUACUGGCUGUUUGGGCUGAGCGUGGUCACAGAGUUCGUGCUGGCCGGGAAGCUGGCCAGCAUCAGCACGCUCGCGGCGGCGCAGAAGCCCACGGAGCAGCCAUAA